CUUCUCACGCCCGCCACCCCAGCCACCUCCCAUCCCAGGGCCCAGUGGGGCUGGAGAGGCCACUGUGCCGGAGCCUGUUCGAGCUCAGUGCUGCGGUCUGGGCUUUGACGUCCACGCCCAGGGGAUCUCGUCCAUCCUCUAACCCCCUCUGGAGCCAGGCCAGGCAGGAGCCUGGUCAGCACUGGCUCGCCUUGCUGGGAGGGAGACACACCAGUCCAGAUGCCUCCUGGGAGACCUCCUGAAGGUCGGCACCGGUCCCUGGCCCCACAGUCCCAUCCCACCUCAGACCACCUAGACACAGCCCAGGCCCCACGUCAUCCACCCAGACGCCACCUCUGGGCCAUCCUGAGAGGACAUGGGGCAGGCCCAGGCAGCUGGCUGUUAUCCUCAUUAAAGUUCUUUUUCAAAGGCUCCAGUGAGCGGCCUGCUAAAGAUAAACUAUCAGGAGAGAGGCCUUCAAAGAAAGUGCUUUAAUGAUGCAAUUAUCUUCAAUCAACUCAGAACAUCUUUAUUACAUUAGAAAAGGGCGAUUUAUCUCGGAAUGCAGAAAGAGCUGGUCUAGCCUCAGACACAGGCCUGGCAGGAGGGCUCUGAGGGCCCCUUUCAGUCUUGCUUCUAAAUUUGCAUGGUGAGAAACUUCCUGAGUGAAUUUCUCUAGCUUAACUGGACAAAGCAUCAUCCAAAACUAGUUUUCAUUAAACAACUUUGCUUUUUCAAAAAUUAAUAUUUAGUCGAUUUUCUUUGCUGCUUCUGCGUUCAGGGAUAUUACUCUGACAUGAAAUCGUUACUGGCAAACCAAUCUCCUGAUUUAUUCUAAAAUGCGUGCGGGGUUUCUUCCCUUGGCGGAGAGACUGCAGAGCGGUGCCUCGUUUGCAGCACUCAAGAAGGUUUCCAAACCAAAGAUCCGUUCAGUUUCGAUACGUGCUAAUCUCUGUCGCACCUUCGCUCCUUCUUCGAACCCGGUCCGGGAUCCCUCUCCACCUGGUCGCGGCGUCUCGGAAGCAGCUCGGCGGUCUGGCCGGGGUCUGUCCGAACUGGCGUCGCAGGGCUUUUCCCAGGUCCCAGGGCCCGGGUUUCCCGAGGAUUCGGCCCAGCAAGUGCGGAGCGGGAGAGGCUGACACCCAGUGACCGACCUCGGGACCGACGGCCCGAGGCCCCUUCUUGUGUCCCAGGCCCCGUGUCGUAGGCGCUUGAGACGUGGGAGCCUCGGCCUCCCCCGCGGCCCCGGGGCCUGCCCUGGGACCUUCGCCGCGCCCCACCGGCCGCUCCCGGGGCCAAGCUGUGGGACGCCAGGGAGAGCGCCCGCCAGCUACGGGCGCCUGGAAAGCCACCCAGGCUCAGGGCGCCGUGGCCCGACUUCCAAGCGACGGAAGCAGAGUCUCCAGUCCAGGUGCAAGGUCGGCCAAAAGUGGCCCCCAGGGUUUGGAGACAGCGCCUGGACCACGGCAGGCACGAGCCGAUGGCUCCGGCUCCGGGCUGUGGCGCAGCGGGACGAGCCGCCGGCGGGCGAGGACACUGCGGGAGGCGCCCGGACCGAAGCUCAACCCCGUUGCGCCCACUGCGGGCUCCUCUACGCGAGGAGGCUGGGGCCAGCGCCUCAUGCUCCCCGGUGUCCCAGCCGCAUCCCAGCCCGGCCACAGCGGGUUCUAGGAAACCGACGGGGUGCGCCAGGCUGGCCGGGGCUGGGACGCACAGGGCUCCCAGUCCAGGGCUCGGCCGGCGGCCCCGCCCCUCCUUGCCCGUCCCCUCCUCCCGGAUCAGCGAAACCAAUGGGCGUCUGAACCCACGCGGCAGCCACUGCGGCGAUUGGACAGCUGGGUAUGAAAGGGGCGCCGCUUUUUAUAAAAAGGGCGCCGGGGGAGGGGGCGCCACCGAGUCCCCGGCAGUCUCGCUGCGUGCUACCCUCACGUUGCGCCCGCCGGGCUCCGCUAGCCCAGCGCCCGCCCGUCAGCGCAUGGCCCCGGCUUUGCUCGGCAUGAACCCCGCUGGGCUCAGGACGUGGGACGGGGACCGUGCGAGGUUCGGCCCGCUGCCCUUCGGCGUCGAGUCGUUGCUGGAAGCCGAGCGCUGGCUGGGCUCGGAGCCCGUGCAACCCCAGAAGGAGAGGCCGCGGGGCGCCGCGGAACCCCGGGCCUGGUUCCCGCCGGCCGCCCCCUCGACCGCCCCACGCGUCCCCAGCCCUCCAGCCUGCGCCCUCGGGAAACAGAAGAGCAACCGCAAGCCGCGGACGCCCUUCACCGCCGCGCAGCUGCUGGCGCUGGAGCGUAGGUUCGGUCAGCAGCAGCACCUGUCCGUCGCCGAGCGCGCCGCAUUCUCCAGCAGCCUGAGUCUCUCCGAGACGCAGGUCAAGAUCUGGUUUCAGAACCUCCGGGCCAAGGCCAAGAGACUGCAGGAGGCCGAGCUGGAGAAGCUGAAGUUGACGGCCAGGCCGCUGCUGCCCCCGUCCUCCCCUCCCUUCCCGCUGGGCGCCCGCCUUCACGGCUCCGCCGCCGCCCCACCGCAGGUGCCCGGACUCCUCGCCGCGCCCGUGGCCGCCUACGGCCUGUAUUACCUGCCCUAGAGCCGGGAGACCCUGGGGCUGCGGGUCUGCUGGGCAGGAAGGGCGGGGCGGGGCGGGGCGGGGCCGGUGGACCUCGGUCCCCGGGAAGGAGCUGGGAUCCCGCCGGUUGCGCAGCGGGCGUCUGGGGUCCUCUUCUUGACUCAUUUUUAAGGUUUUUGUGUUUUGUUGUUAAUAGUGUUGUAACAGAUGCACAGACCUAUCUCUGGGUAUCUUACGGAUAUUUGAAAGCUUUUUACAAAGUCAUGUUUGUACAAAUUUUCCUGAAAAGCAGUGAACAUAGUUUUAUCGUGUCGAAAUGGACCGAAGUAGGGCUUCUCCUUGUGUACAAAACAGCCAGUAAAGCAUUUUGAGGCCCCGUCUCCAGCAGCCGCGGGCCCUGGGAACCUAGUAGGUUGUUUCUGGCUUCGGCGGCCGGAAGCCGAUUCCGAGCAAAGACAAGACAGAGAUAGUUUGGCGCCGGGCUUGCUAAAGAGAAACUUACCUGUUGCUUUCACAAACGAACUUUCUCAGCGUCGUGGCCGCUUGGAAACGUCCACGCGUAUUUUAGGGCAUUUUCCCCACGCUCAUUUAGUUUCUCUACUGCACCAGAGGCUAGGUGCUGUCUACGGGAACGUGUGUCAUGCGCAGGGCGCCCACGCUUCGGCCACCUGCCUCGGAGCCUCGGCAUUGGCGGAGCGCGGGCCUGGCGGGGCCGCUUGGCUUCCGCGAGGACGGAGCCGGAGGGGGCCGGCGGUGGGCGGGGUCAGGCGCAUCCCAGCAGGGCCGGCGAGGCCUGCGGUCAGGAACUUCCCAACCACUGCACGGCCUGGCUGGUGGCCGGAGACCUGAUCCUUAGCCUCCCACUGCCUUUGGACAACGUGCUGAGUUAGUUUAGGAAUCUGGAGCUCAGGCGCCAGGUGAGAAGACCAGCUGACCCUCGGAGCUGGAGAGGGGACCCGGGCUGCAGACCGCCUGGGCUGCGGGGGCCCACAGGGGAAGGAAUUCCCGGCCCUUCCCCCGCUGAGGACCGCAGAGUUGGGGUCCUGCCGCCUGGAGAAGAGGAAGGAGAUGGAGUUCUAUUGGACAGGCAGCAGGAAGCAAGGACGGCGAGGCAUUAACUUCUGCUUUUAGCUUCAUUCUCCCUGGGUUUCCUGGAAAAUGCAAAGUCAGGACUUGAGAGAGAAGCUAACCGAGUUCUUGAAGCACUGCUGCUGGAGAUGAAGGCGUGGUGAUGGGAGGAGGAGGAAAACACUACCGAGGUGAUACUUCAUCCCGAUAGGCUGGAAAGCUAAAAUGAUCACCUUGUAAAGAAUGAGGCCAUUUCUGCAUCACCUGAGACCACGUGCUUCUGGAUGCAGCCAGCAGCGGGCAAAGGCAGGUUCUCUUCUGGCCUCCCGGCCAGCGCUGCGCACGCCCUCAGCAGUGGUUCUGAGUGACCGCACCACACGUGUGUCCCUGGCGUGACAGUGCGUAAUGCUCCCCAGAUGGCCCAGAGCUCUGGAGCUCUCAUUUGACUUUUAAACAAGUGUUGUCUCAGUAACUAAAUACACAACUUUGCUAUUUCUGAUAUUCUGUAUGUUGUGCAUUUUCAUCAAUUAGACCGUUAGGAGAAAUAACCAUAAAACAAUUUAACCAGCGUGGCCCGUGAUGAUAAGAUGCAGAAUUUCAGAGGCAGUAAAACGUGGACAGGCAAUGUCUCAGCAUGUAUGAAGCAUGUGUUUUUAAAAAACACACCAAACAGUUGCAUUAUUCCUUUAAACAUUCAAGGAAUGAUGUCACUGUUUUUCCAGGUUGACUUUGAAAAUUUGUAGAAUGAGGAACCGCGUACUCAUGCCUACCCUCAGUGAGCCCCUGUGCCCACAGUGUGGGGUGGUGAAUGCUACAUCCAGAGGCCUGGGGGCAGUGCCCAGGACCUGAAGGAGGCAGGAUUAAUUUCCAUUAAAUGGAGCUGAAAUGAAACACAGCGAUAUACAUCACUCACUCUUCUCCUGCCUUACGGGCUGGCUAGAGCCUGCAGUGUGAGUGUGGACAGAAGUUUCCAGAAGGGCAUCUUUGUCUUACUCUUGCUUUUUAAAGCAAAUACUUUUAACAUUUCACCGUAAGCAUGAUGUGUGCAGGGGUUUUUCAGGUGCCCUACGUUUCCAGCUAGUUGAUAGGAUGUUUUAAUAUCAGUGAAGGUUGCACUUUGUUAAAUGCUUUUUCGGCAUAUAUUUGGGUGAUCAGUUGCUUCCCCCUUGAAUUUGUUAACAUGGUAAAUUACAGCGGAAAGUCCAGUUUCUCCCUAUCAUGUCCAAUACUUGUUUCUAUCUGACAUUUCGAUUGCAGCCAGCCGAGUGAAUGUGAAGCCUCAGGCUUUAAUCUGUGUUUACUAGUGACACCAUCUUCUCAUGUGCUCAUUUGCCAUUUAUAUAUUUUCUUUAGAAAAACAUCUGCUUAAGUCCCUUGCCUAGUUUUCAGUUGGGUUUUCUUUUGUGUUGAGUGUUUGUAAGCAUUCUUUAUAUGCUCAGGAUAGUAAAUCCUCAUCAGACACAGAAUU